AUGCCGGAAACGACAGCAGGGGCGGCGGAGGCAGCCACGGGGGUGGAGGAAGGAGCUGCAUCUGUGGAGAUGAAGGAUGAUGGACGAACCACUACAGGCUCUUGUCCAGGAACUGCUACAGCCGAAACUCUCAAAAUGGAACACGACCUGAGCUGCAACAAUGUAGUUGAAGACCAACGGCGCCCAGCGCCGGUCGGACGAAACCGAGUCUCGUCGUCCCUUUGUAGAGCUCCCGUCUCCCCCACGACACUAGCUGGAAAAAUGGCUGGUCCUGCUUGUUCC